AUGGAAGGUGGUACAAACAGGGCCCCGGCUAGCGAGCGAAUCAAGAACGGGACCCAUCCAACCAGACGCGCAGACGUAGCGGCUGGAAGUACCUCGAGAGACAAUGUUGAUUAUUACCCGAAACGAACGAAUCGACAAUCACAGCCCGACAGACGAUCCGCAGCUAACCAGAAAGAUAAACCGAAUUGCACCAUGUCGGAGCUGUCGAUCAACGUAUCUCGCGCUACGAUCCGGUCAAACCAGCCGGAACAGCACGCGGAAGAAGAGGCAACGUACGCGCCAAGUGCGGACCAAAACCAGCAGGGAUCGAUCAACAGAAAGAGGCGUGAAUCAUCCUGCCACGCGGUUGAGAAUUGA